AUGCCAAGCAACGCAAAGACCAGCAAUAAAACCAAAAAGUCUACGGCUGAAGAGGAUGAAAAAUUCAUGCAAGAUUUGAUCAAGAAAAACGAAAGUAAGCUUAAGAAAAAGCUAGCCAAAGCAGCGAAAUGGAUUUCUCUCACUCCCGAUGAAAAAGUCAAAAAGCAAAUUCUCAAACAAGCUGAAGGAGAAGCACAAGUUCCACCCAAUGGAUCAACAGUGGAGGUGCACUACAUUGGAACUCUCAAAAGCAAUGGUAAGAAAUUUGAUAGUUCGCGAGACAGAAAUACUCCCUUUUCCUUCACCUUGGGAGCUGGUAAUGUGAUCCGAGGAUGGGAUAUUGCUCUUGCCAGUAUGAAAGUUGGUGAAAAGGCUCUCGUUGAGAUUGACUCUGCCUAUGCGUACGGAGCACGAGGAGCUGGUUCGGAUAUCCCACCAAACUCCACUUUGAAUUUUGAGAUUGAAUUAUUGAGCUUCAAGUAA